AUGGAGCAUGGAAACGAUCGCAGUGAUCUUGGCUUGCACUAUACGCAUUAUCAUCAUAAUACGAACAACGAUCCAUUCCGGACAUCAGCAACGAAUCUCGAAAUCCCCCGGUUAAACGUAUCCGGCCAGCCAACAGUUCCUCCCAACUCUCUUUCGGAUGCGUUGCUUCAGCACGACGAGAUCCACCGCCACCGUGACAUUGUCUGCAAAUAUCUCCUGAUACCAACAGACUUAUGGGCUGCCUUGUUCCAAUCCCCGAGCGUGUCCCCGGCUCAGACACUGCUCACUGAUUACCUCAUACACACCUAUGGCGCUCUGCCCCAUGGGCUAUGGCACUGUCUCUUGAGCCUGAGAAAUGACAUUCACUUUGACCAGCUGCAAGACAUCUUGGUGGAGAGGUUAUCGGCUCUUCCCGCUUCACAAAUACACUCAAGAUCAGGAUCUUCCGCGCCUCGGUUAGAAAGAGCCUCCCCGGAAAUGUCGCUCAAUAUGGGACCCUUUCACCCGACCCCGGGGCACAGUCCUAACGACACCAGCCCGUGGCCGAUCCUAGACCACACUGGCCAGGUACAACCAAGUACUCCCGUGCCACUCUCGAUCGUGCGAAGUCGCAGUCGCACAAAUUCUAGAAGCCCAUACUCGAAAGACAAUCGGAAAGGAAGAGCUCCGCCAGGCCAGAGUUUCUACUGCCCUGUGCUAGAAUGCACACAUUCGCCCUUCAGGAAUGCAGGAAACUAUCUUAUUCACCUGGAUCGUUUUCACCCUGAUUAUCCAAAGCACGAGCCGGCUUGUGCAUUGAGAUAUGAUCUGGCGCGUGGUGGAACUGAACCUGAAGAAACCAUUCUUAGUACUAACUCUACCGUUGUUGACGACUUGUUCCACUUUUCUGCUGCUCCUGAUGAAGGUCUGUCAUUUGGACGCUUUCAAGAGACACUUCAGCGUCACAACCCAUAA